AUGGGUGGCGGCUUGGAUCUUUCGAAGCGAGUUCGUCUCCGCGAACUCCUGCCUGAGCUCUACUUGGGCAGAUGGGAAUCGGGUCAUCUAAACUCCAUUACCGAUGUCCCAGGCGUCCUUGUUCACACCGAGUCGAUCCAGCCAGACCAGGAUGUCAAUACUGGAGUGACCACUGUUCUGCCCCGAGCAGACUGGUUCGACUACUCAUGCCACGCUGCCAUCUUCAAGUUCAAUGGCUCUGGGGAGAUGACAGGAUCUCACUGGAUUGACGAGUCGGGCACAUUAACUUCACCGAUUAUUCUGACGGCAAACUCAUCGAUCGGAGACGCCUUUCGGGGCGUGUACGAUUAUGCCACCAAGUAUCAUGCGACUAAAGAGGGUGAUGUGAACCUGUUCGCGUUCCCUGUUGUGACUGAGACAUACGAUGGAUACCUCAACAAGCAAAGCCGCUUUGCAUUGACUCCAGAUCAUGUUGUCCGAGGUAUUCGCAAUGCGUCUGCCGAUGCAGUACCCGAAGGUUGCACUGGAGGCGGCACGGGAAUGAUAUGCCAUCGGUUCAAGGGAGGUACGGGGUCCAGCAGCCGUAUUGUGCCUGGAAUAGACAGCAACGGAAACGCGAAGGAUUACACCGUUGGUGUACUUGUUCAAGCCAACUAUGGCCUCAAGGAAGACCUUCACAUUGGUGGUGUUCCAGUUGGAAGAAUCCUGAUAGCAGAAGCUCAAGCGCCUUCCUCGUCAGAAGCGUCCGCGAUUCACGGGCCUCACGUCGACGGUAGCAUCAUUAUCAUUAUCGCUACAGACAUUCCUCUGCUACCAGUUCAACUUCAGCGACUUGCCAAGCGCGCUACUGUAGGACUGUCACGCGUCGGCGGCUAUGGCAGCAACGGUUCAGGCGACAUCUUCCUGGCCUUCUCUACAGCUGCCAAGAUCCCCAUGCAACGUCUCGAAGGCAGAGAUUUGGACCCCUUCAAACCUACGUCCUUCGAGGUUGGGACUGUGCACAACGAGACGAUCAAUGGCGCGUUUGAGGCUGUUGCUGACGCGACCGAGGAAGCCAUUUGUAAUGCUCUAUGUAUGGCAACGACUAUGACUGGAUACAAAGGACGCACUGUAGAGGCAUUGGAUCUCAAUAAGGUCAGAGAGAUAGUGACAAAACGACUGUGA